UACUACCAUCAACAAUGUCCAGAUUCCUUCUCCGUUCUGCUCCUCUCCUUCGUCGCCCUCUUACGGGCACCAUUCAUCCCAUCCUCAGACGAGCCGUAGCAUCGACAGUAACCAACCGUCCCGCCUCCCAAACAUUCGAGCACGCCGCCCUCAACAUCAAAGAAGAGACCGGAAAUGCAGCUGCCGAUAUUGCCAAAGUCAUCGCAGGAGCGAACAUGACCAACGACGCCAUUAAGGAUGAGGGCUCUUUCCUCGGCAUAACCAGCAACAUCGCCUCCCAAGUUCCCAAACCCUACCUAGUUAUGGGUCUCGCCGGUGGUCUUCCUUACGUCGGUGCAUCCCUCACAACCGUCUAUCUCGCCUCUCAAGCUGGCCUCGCCGCCUCCGGUGCUCAGAUCAACAUGGACCCAGGCGUCGCUCUAACCAUUCUCGAUCAAGCUCUCAACCUCCAAGUCACCUACGGGGCCGUUAUGCUCUCAUUCUUGGGUGCUCUACACUGGGGAAUGGAAUUCUCCGGGUUUGGUGGGCACCAAGGAUACCGCCGCCUCAUGCUCGGCGCAGCUCCCAUCGUAUUUGCAUGGCCUACGUUGGCGUUGCAGCCGAUGACAGCGUUGUUGUUCCAGUGGGUCGGGUUCACGGGUCUUUGGUGGGCGGAUGCGAAGGUUACUGGGAUGGGGUGGGCACCGAAGUGGUAUGCGCAGUAUAGGUUUUAUUUGAGCAUUCUUGUCGGGACUUGCAUCAUUGGAUCGCUCGCUGGAACAUCGUACUAUGGGCCUGUAGCGGGACAUGGGUUCAUUGCGCGUGAUCUGGAACUGAUCAGGGAACAGAGGAAGAGCCUAAUCAAGGAGGGCGAAGGUGUGGUCACGAAAGGAAAUAUUGGGUCGACGUUGGAUGACAAGGGCGAUGCUUUUGUUGUUCUGCGCAAGAAGAAGGAGCCAGAGGAGGACAAGCAGUAAAAAGAUACCCGAAAGGAACUCGUCAAUCAAACAUCUCUGUAUGUGCAAAAUGUACAUUGUGUAUUAUAUCAUACCUAGCUUCGUGAUGUAAAUAUAUCCUGCAAUUUUGAAGGUUCAUGCUGUGUCUGAUGGCUAGUCAGAAAAACUGAAUGAGGAGAGUUUCAAACAUGUAAGUAGUCCUCGCCCACCAAUAGCAGCCACCCAGAUCUUGAUCCCCGCCCUCUUCAGAUCAUGUAUGGUCUCCAGUACCCCAUCCUGCAAACUAUCCCAAUAGCUCCCAAAAGUUUCACAUCCCUCUCCAACCCCUCCGCCACUGCUUCCACCUUCUCCUCUCGAUUGUCCAACGAAACAGAAGCCUCAUGAUACUUCUCAGUCCACAACUCGUACUCCUCAUCCGGAAUAAUCUUAUACGCCAACGUCAACGUCCUCAACCCUCUCAAAAAUGAUAUUAUCAGCUCCCUUCAUCAACAAAAACACCCUGUUUCUUUCGAACGACAACGGACAUCCUCUAAUUCGUUGAACUCAUGAACUCGAGGAUAUUCAACAGCUCGUACUUCUCAUAACGAUCGUUCUUGCUUGAAAUCCCAGACUGAGAGCCCGGAUGCGAAUGAGAACGCCACUGAGAUUGUUCCUCCGACAUCGGUGACUGCAGAUACAGAAUCUCCCGAUCUCUCCCUCGAAAUGUAUACCCAGCAUCAGCAGCAGCUCUUACUAGCGCAGCCUCAUCUGGAGACUGAGCUUUGUAUUCGAUCUUCCUCCGUCUCCGUCUCUUUAUCCUCCGACGUCAACACCGUAUGACACGACCCGAGAACCGUAAAAAACCCAUUCAACAUCCGAGCGUGAGUGGCGGAUAGGGAAAUCGGGUUUUUGUGCUGAGGGGUUCUCGAAUGUCGGUUUACAAGAUCUGGGAGAACGGAAAAACUGGGUGCUUGUUCACCGUGGUGGGAUUCGUGUUCGUGGGGGGUCUCGCUUUCCUUUUCCGUAUCUGGUUCGCCCAUGUAAACUCUUCCACCGAUGGAACAUUUACCCGAAUAUCAUGGAAUUCUGAGCAAAAGAAAGAAAAGGGUAGGUUAAGCUUGCUUGGAGCAGAUAACAUAUGUUGUUUCUUUCUUUAUCACACCUGCGUCAGAGUACCCGUCUUGUCCGAAAGAAUAUACUUGAUUUUGACCCACGUCGUCAGAAAGAUUCCAAGAUCUCGCGAGAGUAGUACAGUUCGCACGCCUCGAUUGAGAUGUACAAGGAUAUCGGCACAAUAUUUUUG